CUUCUUAAGACUUUUAAUCCUCCAAUCAUCUCAUGUCAUAUUCUCCCACUAAUUUCCCUGUUCUCAAAAAUGAUCUCAUCUUACGUGUCUCUCGAGGUGAAAAGACCGAAAGAGUUCCGAUCUGGAUUAUGAGACAAGCUGGUCGUUACUUACCAGAAUUCCACACUGUUCGCAAACAACACAGUUUCUUUGAAAUUUGUCGUACACCUGAAUUGGCUUGUGAAUUGACUUUACAACCUAUUGACCGAUAUGGAUCAUUACUGGAUGCCUCCAUCAUAUUCUCAGAUAUUUUGGUAAUUCCUCAAGCACUUGGGUUAGAAGUAACAAUGGUAGAAGGUCGAGGUCCUGUGUUCCCUGCUCCUUUAGUGACACCUGCUGACAUGGAACGAUUGACUAAAGAUGUGAAUGUAGACGAAGCACUUGGCUAUGUAUAUCAAGCUAUUACAUUAACUCGACACAAGUUGGAUGGACGAGUACCUUUGUACGGAUUUAUUGGAGCUCCCUGGACAUUAAUGGCAUAUAUGAUUGAAGGUGGUGGCAGUAAGACUUUAUCCAAGGCCAAAUCUUGGUUAUGGAAACAUCCUGAUGCAACCCAUGAACUUUUACAACGCAUUACUGAUGUGGCUGUGACGUUUUUGGUAGGCCAAGUCCGUGCUGGUGCACAAAUGUUACAAGUAUUUGAUAGUUGGGCUGGUGAACUUUCUCCUCAUGAUUUCAAGAUCUACUCUUUGCCUUAUAUCAAACAAAUUGCUACCAAGGUCAAACAACAAUUGAAAGAACAAGGUUUGGAACAAGUGCCCAUGACGAUUUUUGCAAAGGGUGCAUGGUUCGCUUUAGAAGAUUUAGUAGAUAUUGGUUAUGAAGUGGUAUCUUUGGAUUGGACGAUUGAUCCUGAAUAUGCUCGAAAGGUGACCAAGGGCAAGGUGGUGUUACAAGGAAAUAUGGAUCCUUCUGUAUUGUAUGGUGGUGAUGAUGCUAUUCGUGAAACGGCUACUCGUAUGGUGAAAGCCUUUGGUGGUCAUCAACAUAUUGGUAAUUUGGGUCAUGGUGUUUUACCUACUGUUGAUCCUGAAGCUCUCAAGGUGUAUUUGGAAACUGUUCAAAAAGUAUCUGCUGAAAUUAGUAAAUAGUAUGUAUUUUCAAUAGUUUAAUUUUGAUAUUUAUAUAUUAUUAUUAUUAUUAUUGUUUAUUGUGAUUAUUAUUGUGAUUAUUAAAAAAAAAGUUUUAGUACAA